AUGGCAUCAGAAGCCCCAUACACAAAUAAUGAUCGUCAACCCUUAUUAGAGCAUCAAGUUACAAAAAGCCUAGCAACUUGUUCUUCUUCUCAAAAACUAUUAUACGUCAUUCUCUCUUUUGCUGCAAUAAUAUCAGCAACUCUUGUACUCUUUAGACACUCAUCAAGUGAUAUCCAAUUCUCAUCAUCAUCUAUUGUUGUUACUUUUCACUUAUGUGAUGGCAGGUUCCAAAGCAAAGCCUCAUGUUUUGCCAUGCUUACUGAAUCAAUUAAUGGAGAUGGAUUAAUUGGAAAAUCAAGUGUAUUCAGCGACUCUGAUUUUCUUCAAAUUUUCUUGGAAAAAUCUGUUUCACGUAUCUCUAAUACUAUGGAACUUGUUGACGGUUUUAACCGUCUUUCUAAUGAUUUAAAAGAUCAAGGAGCUCUGAGAAAUUGUAUCGAGUUAAUGGAUUCUUCUAUUGAUCGAGUGAAUGACUCAGUUGCGGCUCUUAAAAAAAGCACCCGGUCAAAUCAGGUAUUACUCAAUGAUGCCCAUAUUUGGCUAAGUGAUGUGCUCACUAACCAUGUAACCUGCUUAGAUGGAAUUAAUGAGGCAAAUGACUGCUUAGAUGGAAUUAGUGAGGCAAAUGAACUCGGUGAAUGGAUUCGAGUCCCUAUAGAAAUGGAAUUGAAAGACUUGAUAGCCAGGGCAGGAAUUUCUUUAGCUGUGAUAACUGAGAUUUCACUUUCUUCAAAUUCAAAUGAAGAAACUACCAGCUGGCUUGCAUCGAAAACCCUGGAACUUCCUGUAGUAUUUGGGCGGUGGUUGAGAGUUAGAGUUUUGAUUAAACUCUAUUUUGCAUAA